UUCUGCUCCACUUCUCGCCGAGCAGGCUCACUUCCUCUUUCGCUCGUGAAACAGGAAACAAACAGAAAGGGAGGCUGGACCGCACGAGACGGAAGGAAAACUCUGGGAGUCCGACACUAUGAACAACAGUUUCAUGAACAUGGCGUCGAUAGGCGACUUCGAUCCGAUCAACGCGUCCAUUCCUGCCACCAAAGUUGAAAUCACUGUUUCCUGCAGAAACCUGCUGGACAUGGACACCUUCUCCAAAUCAGACCCAAUUUGUGUUCUCUACACUCAAGGAAUGGGCAACAAGGAGUGGAGAGAGGACUUUCUGGGCCAGGCUCAAUGCACACUCGGAGAGGUGGUUGGAUCGUUGGGCAGUCGCUUGGAUAAACCUCUUGGAGGCAUUCCUGGGAAGAAAUGUGGGACCAUUAUUGUGAAGGCAGAGGAGCUGAGCAACUGCAGGGAGUCGGUGCUGAUGCAGUUUUGUGGGAACAAGUUGGACAAAAAAGAUUUCUUCGGAAAGUCUGAUCCCUUCUUGGUCUUCUACCGGAGCAACGAGGACGGCACGUUUACCAUCUGCCAUAAGACAGAGGUGGUGAAGAACACGCUGAACCCCGUGUGGCAAGCCUUUAAAAUCACAGUGCGAUCUCUUUGCAAUGGUGACUACGACAGGACAAUCAAGGUGGAGGUUUACGACUGGGACAGAGACGGCAGUCACGACUUUAUCGGAGAGUUCAGCACCAGCUACAGAGAGCUCUCCAGAGGACAGAGCCAGUUCAACAUGUACGAGGUGAUAAAUCCAAAGAAGAAAGGAAAGAAGAAAAACUACCUAAACUCUGGGACGGUGACGCUGCUGUCGUUCCUCGUGGACGUUGAAGUCACCUUUCUGGACUACAUCAAAGGAGGGACUCAGAUUAACUUCACCGUGGCCAUUGAUUUCACAGCCUCCAAUGGAAACCCCGCCCAGCCCACCUCGCUCCACUACAUGAAUCCCUACCAGCUGAACGCCUACGGCAUGGCGCUGAAGGCAGUCGGAGAAAUCAUUCAGGACUAUGACAGCGACAAGAUGUUUCCUGCGCUGGGCUUUGGAGCCAAACUCCCUCCUGACGGACGAAUAUCUCACGAAUUUGCCCUGAAUGGAAAUCCCCAGAACCCAUACUGUACCGGUAUUGAUGGUGUGAUGGAAGCCUACUACCAAAGCCUGAAGUCAGUUCAACUCUAUGGACCCACCAACUUCUCCCCCGUCAUCAACCACGUGGCCAGGUAUGCAGCUUCUGUGACGGACGGCUCUCAGUACUUUGUCCUUCUUAUCAUCACAGACGGCGUCAUCUCAGACAUGGCACAGACUAAAGAGUCCAUCGUUAAUGCUGCCAGCCUGCCCAUGUCAAUCAUUAUUGUGGGCGUCGGGCCUGCGGAGUUUGACGCCAUGGUGGAGUUGGACGGCGAUGAAGUCAGAAUCUCCUCCAGAGGACGACUCGCUGAGAGAGACAUCGUUCAGUUUGUUCCAUUCAGGGACUACAUUGACCGAGCUGGGAGCAACAUCUUGAGCAUGGCCCGGCUCGCUAAAGAUGUCUUGGCUGAGAUCCCUGACCAGUUCCUCUCCUACAUGCGGACCCGCGGGAUAAAGCCUUCGCCAGCGCCACCUCCCUACACACCACCAGGUCAAGGACAGCCCAUCCAAACCCAGAUUUAAAGAGAGGCU